GGCCGCCUCCUGGAGCACCCGCAUGCCCAGUUCGGGGGCUCGCUGGGCGGCGUGGUGGGCUUCCCCUAUCCGCUGGGCCACCACCACGUGUACGAGCUGGCCGGCCACCAGCUACAGUCGGCCGCCGCUGCCGCUGCCGCCGCCGCAUCAGUGCCGUUCUCCAUCGACGGCCUGCUCAGUGGCUCGUGCGCCGCGGCCGCCGCCUCGGUAGUCAACCCCACGCCGCUGCUGCCAGCCGCCUGCGGGGUCGGCGGCGACAGCCAGCCUUUCAAACUGUCAGACUCGGGGGACCCAGACAAGGAGAGCCCGGGCUGCAAGCGGCGGCGCACACGCACCAACUUCACCGGCUGGCAGCUGGAGGAGCUGGAGAAGGCGUUCAACGAGAGCCACUACCCCGACGUGUUCAUGCGCGAGGCGCUGGCGCUGCGCUUAGACCUGGUCGAGUCCCGAGUUCAGGUCUGGUUCCAAAACCGCCGGGCCAAGUGGAGAAAGAAGGAGAACACUAAGAAGGGCCCGGGGAGGCCAGCGCACAACUCGCAUCCAACCACAUGCAGCGGCGAGCCCAUGGACCCGGAGGAGAUCGCACGCAAGGAGCUGGAGAAGAUGGAAAAGAAGAAGCGCAAGCACGAAAAGAAGCUGCUCAAGAGUCAGAACCGCCACCUGCACUCACCGGGCGGGCUGUCUCUGCACAGCGCGCCCAGCUCCGACAGCGACAGUGGCGGUGGCGGCCUGUCCCCAGAGCCACCCGAGCCGCCGCCGCCCGCAGGCCCCCAGCCCCGCGGUGGAGCCAGCUACCUGUGUCGCCCCGGAGCCUGGCGAGGCGGCUGGACCCAGCCCGCCGGACGGCGACGAGGUGGACAUGGACUGAGGGCCGCGGGGCCAGGAGAGGCACCUAGCAGGUUCGCCCCCGCUCGCUCGGGCUCCGACUCACAUCAAAUCAGGUGAUCGGCUCUAGAAACACUGCUUUUUCCCUCCUUUUAUUUUCUUCCUUUUAUUAUUUUUAAAGGCAAACAGAAACGCUGUAUUGAUUAGGACCUAGGCAGCAACCGCAGGUCUUGGGGUGAGACCCUCCACCUCCCGAGGGAGCAAAAGGAACCCACAGCCCCCACAAAAACCCACAACAAGAAUCCUCAGCCUUGUAAAAUGCAAAAAUGUCUAAGAAUAUUUAUAUAUGUACCAUUUUUGAUAAAUAAAGCUGGUCAA